UUCAAGUUCAUAUAAAAUGAAUAAAGAUCAAUAAUAUUUUAUCAAAGUACCAGGUUUAACAAGGCAUAUCACUAAUGUUUUUGUUUAAUAUAUUUCUAAUUUCUUCAGCUUAUUACAAGCUUAUAACAUAAGAAGUUUUUAUAACUACGCAAGUUUAUGGUCAUAUUUAUUUUAGUUUGCUAGAUAACUGUAACAAACAAUUAGACAAUAUAAUUAUGCAUGAAAUGGUUUGUGUAUAUUUGACUGAUGGUUGUACUGAUUUAUACAUCAAAUAUGUUUGGUUUUAUAAAAAUACCAUUCAAAGAUAGUAAAGUAUCAAUUGCACGUCCAUUUCUUUGUGAUAAAGUCAAACAAUUUGGUAUCUGUGAAGGAACAUGUGCAGAGCGUCAUGAUUUAUGUAAAACACUUGAUAAAGAAUGUCUUAAUAUUCCUACAAAAUGUUUGAUUAACAUUCAACUGAUAAAAAUCCUUAGUGCUUCACAUUUUUAUGGAAGAAUUCUUAAGUAUAGUACUAAAAAGAAUCCUACAAAAGAUCAAGAUUGGAUUAGUGUUAAUGACUCGUUUGAAAGAAUAAAAUACGAAUUAAAAAAUAUCGGCUCAACACCAAAUACUAUAAUUUUAAGUAAAACCUUUACCAUUGGUGAAAUGGUUAUGGUACAAACUGAACAAAAAGAAUUUUUUCGAGCAGUGGUCUUGGAUAUAGAUUAUGGAUGGCUUACAGUUAAGGUAAAAGUAAUAUUAAUUGACACGGGACAUACAGAAAAAAUUAGUUCAGAUAAAAUAUUUGUACUGCCAAGCCAUUUAAAAGAACUUCGGCCUGUAGCUGUUGAAAUCAUAAUAUCUUCCAUGGAACCAGGGGUAGAGGGAGAUUCGGUUUUCAAUUGGCCAGUUAACACAACAAAUCUUGUACGUAGUUUAUUAGAACCAAUUAUUUUGACAAAUUUAGAAUUUAUUUGCAAAGUUGAACUUACAUUAGGAAUCACAUUAUGGGUUGAUUGGAUAUUAGCUAAGAAAUGUAUUAAAUGUUCUCACAUUGCAUGUAAACUGUAUAAAAGUUCUUUGAUAUUACCAAAUGAAUUAAUUAAACGCAAUCUUGCAAGACGAAGUUCUUUGCUCAUUGAUAAAUUAAUAAACUUAGAUAAAGAUGCUCAUUUAUGGAAAAAAAAUUUUAAUGCUGAAAAACCUUUCAUCAUUAAAAAAUCAAGUAUACCAUUAUUUUCAUGUGAUGAACAAAAAAAUGAAAUUGACGAAGUAAUAAAAGUACAAUGGGCUCAUUUAUCCGAGCAUACAAUAUCAAAUGUAUCUGUUCGUUAUGUAGACUCUCCAAAAUGUUUUUUUGUUAUUAAUAUGCAAUUUUAUGAAAGAGUUAUUGCUCUUCAAAGAGACAUUGAUGAUGCUAUCAGUAAUAAAACUGUUAAACAAUUAACUUGCGCCACUGUAGGAAAUAUAUGUUUGGCCUUAGCCCCUGAAGAAAAUAAAUACAAUCGUGUUAUUAUUAAAAAAAUCAACGAUAAAAAAGCUGAAGUUCUCUAUGUAGAUUAUGGUGAAUUUUAUGAAGUUGAAAUUGAUAAUUUAUUGACUAUACCCUCAAGUUUACUAACCAAGUUACCAUUACAAGUUAUUGAGUGUAGCUUAAGUGGUUUUAAUGUUAUUUUACCGACUGAUAAUGUAGAUCAGUUUAAUAAUCGUUUAUUAGAACUUACAGAUACUAAGAUACAUUUAAAAGUUCUUUCUUCUACCACAAAUGCUAAGUUUACUGGAGGAACCUAUUAUGAAGUUGUAUUGUUUAAUAAUGAUAUGAAUAUAAAUGCCACAAUGGCUGAUGAAUUUAAUAUGUAUGUUGAUAAUACUCAAAUACAAAAUAUUUUAAGCUCAAAUUAUAAAUACAAGGAAUACGAAAGUGAGGUUAAUGAUGAUGAUGUACUUGACGAAGAAGAAUUAAAAAGUCAGAUGGAUCUAUUAGAAAGUCUAUUCAAAACUUCAAAUCAAAUAAAUGAAAUCCAAACUGUGCCAAGUUCAACAAAUGAAAAAAAAAUUGAGUCUGAUUCAAAAUCAUUAAAUAAAGAUAAUUUAAUUGCAAACAAAAAACAGAUAAAAUGUAUAAAAAUUGAGAAAAAAUAUUGUCUAGACUGCAAUGUGACUCCAGUGGUCCCUCAAUGUUUUUGGCAUCAAGAUGACACAUGGAUUUAUCUUAAAUUGAAUAUUUUGUCAGUAAAUGAUUAUAAUACCUUAUAUACAAUGGAUACUAUAACAAUAAAUGUUGAAACAAACUCUGUAUCCUAUUCCUUUACUGCAGUUUUGUUUGGUUUUAUAAUAGAUGAAUUGUGUACCUGUCAUGUAAGUUUUGAUGGGAUUUUUAUCAAAGCAAAAAAACUAAUAAAAGUUAAAUAUCAAUGGCCUAGACUCUUAAAAUGUACAAAAAAACAUAAAUAUAUUAUUUAUAAUACAGAAUUCUGCAUUGAUGAAGGUAAAAACUUGAAUGUGUGGUGUAGAGUUAUGAAUAAUUACAAAAUAAAGGCUCUUGGUGAACAGCUAAAUGUAGAAUAUCCUAAUUCUGAUUGUAAUGAUACUGAUUGUUCCGAUAUCGAUGAUGGCAUUUUUGAAGAUUGAUUAAAAAAUUUUUUUAUUAUAUUUUAAUGUUCAAAUUAAUAUUAAUAUUUUAUUGUUUAAGUAUAGAAAACAUUAUUUUAAGAAUCUUAUGGCUUAUAUAAUAUUAUAUGUUCUGUAAUUUGUUUUAGGCAUCUUAACAAAUUGUUAUUACCUUUUAUUUUAAAUUCAUAAUAUCAGUUUGUUAAUGUGCUACAAAAUCAAUGAAUUAUACAAAUCAAUAUGAUUGUCUUUAUUAAAAAUUGUUUAGUUAUAAUUAAAUAUUAUUACCAAUUAAAUUUGAGUACUUACAAAUAUGGUUUAAAAAAUCCUUAACUUAUUUUCCAUACAUAAUAUUAUUAUACUUUAUAAUAUAAUAUUAAUAUGUACCUACAUAAUAUUAUGUUUUAUAUUUUUUUAAUGGUGUAUAUACUAUAUACUAUAUAGGUAUUUUUAAAUUUUAAAAGUUUUUAUACCUAAAGAAAUGUGCUUUUUUACAAUUUUCUUGUUCUCAAGAUGAAUUAAAUAUUGUUAAAAAGUGUGUGUAUUCUAAUAUUAAAAUUAUAAUUCUCAAUGUUUGUAAAAUAAUUGUAAAAUGUACCACAAUAAUUUGAUUUAUUUUAAAUAAAAAAUGAUUGUAAGAAAAUCUUCAUAGUAGGUACAUAAAAAUAAAUACUAAAAUUAAUCUUAUAUCUGAUAAUUGAUUAAUAUAAAAUAAUCGUCCAUUUUGUUCCAAUCAUUGCAGUUAAGAUAUAUUUUAAUUGUUGGAUAUAUUUAUUUUAUUGGAAUAUACAUUUCUCUAGUCAAAAUCUAAUAUGUAUAAUUUCCAAAGUGGCCCUCAUUUGGUUUGCCACCUAAUAUUGUGUUACUAUUCGAAUAUUUAACUGAAUUUUUAUGCGAUGUUGCCACAUUCACGUGACUGAAAUUUUGUAAUUUAUUAUUUUCACGUAUUAUUACACCAAUUAUUAUGAUACCAGACGCGAUCCGUGAGCUGAGGCCAGCUUUAUCGACAAUGUUAUCGAUUAAUAAAUUUAUUAGUUCCGGUGCUAAUACAAUUCCAAAAUUAUUAUAGAAAUAAUAUCAAAGUUCGAUCACCCAUCCUCUAUAGUGUUCUUAACUUAUAAACCAUGCAGUAUUUUUUUUUAAUUCGUACCAUAUUUUGAUUUUAUUAUUUUCGUAACUAUUAUUAUUAUUAUUAUUAUUAUAAUUAUAUUUGUUAUUAAUAUUAUCAAACAGAUUUAUGACAUGUGACAAUAUUAAUG